UGAAGCUGGGAGGACACAGGGCCUGGCUGCUGGGUCCCUGAGCUGGCUGGAGCGUGGGAUGCGCCGCCUGUCUAGGGGCGCUGGCCUCAGCUGUUGGGCUCGGGCGGGCGGGGACUGCGCGCCCAGACUCCCUGGGAUCCGCACGCGAGUGGGCCGUUCGGCUCUCCCACUUCACCCUCUUGAUAACUCUCAGCCUCCCCCUUCCCAUGUAUUCAAGGGAAGGAUGAUGCACUUCAUUUUGAACAGCCUCGGUCCCCACUGUGACAGUCGCAGGAACUUCAGCGAAGAGUGCGCUCGGAAAGUGGGGUGAACCGUCUCACAACAAUUCAUUAGGUCCACCCUUCAGCUUCCACCCUUGGAGGAGAUCUUUCUGUUGCCAGGAGCUGAGACUUGAAGGGGGAUUGCGCAGGGAUGACGGUCUUAAAAAGUGGCUUAGGCCGGGCGCGGUAGCUCGUGCCUGUAAUCCCAGAGAGGCCGAGGCGGGCGGAUCUCCUGAGCUCAGGAGUUCGAGACCACCCUGGGCAACAUGGUGAAAUCCCGGUCGUUACUAAAAUACAAAAAAUUAGCUGGGUGUGGUGGCACGUGCCUAUAAUCCCAUCUACUCGGGAGGCUGAGGCCAGAGAAUCGCUUGAGCCCCGGAGGCAGAGGUUGCAGUGAGCUUAGAUCGCCCACUGCACUCCAGUUUGGGGUACUUGGGCUACAGAGUGAGACACCAUCUCAACAAUGACAACAACAAAAAAGGUGGUGGCUUAAUACAGCCAUGCUUCCCUUAGCAGCUGGGAUGGUUCUGAAAAAGUACCUCUGAUGAAAUUAUGACCAGGUGGGCACGAGUUAAUACCACAUAUAACAAAAAACCCUUGCCUGCAACAUCAUGGGAGGACAUGAAGAAGGAAUCCUUUGAGGGAACAAGCCAAAACCUACCAAAGCAUAAACGACUUGAAGCCAGUAGGCUAUCCCUUAAAAAUUAUGCACCCCAAGCAAAACAUAAAAAGAACAAAAAGAAAAAAGAGUACUUAAAUGAAGAUGUGAAUGGAUUCAUGGAAUACCUAAGACAGAAUUCACAGAUGGUUCACAAUGGGCAAAUUAUAGCAACAGACAGUAAGGAAGUAAGGGAAGAAAUUGCAGUUGCUUUAAAGAAAGACAGUCGACGGGAAGGAAGAAGAUUAAAAAGACAAGCAGCAAAGAAAAAUGCAAUGGUGUGUUUCCAUUGUAGAAAACCUGGUCAUGGAAUUGCAGAUUGCCCUGCCGCCCUUGAAAAUCAAGAUAUGGGCACUGGAAUAUGUUACAGGUGUGGGUCCACAGAGCACGAAAUAACCAAGUGUAAGGCUAAAGUAGACCCAGCUCUUGGUGAAUUUCCUUUCGCAAAAUGUUUUGUUUGUGGAGAAAUGGGGCACCUGUCUAGAGCUUGUCCUGAUAAUCCCAAAGGACUCUAUGCUGAUGGUGGUGGUUGCAAACUUUGUGGCUCUGUGGAGCAUUUAAAGAAAGAUUGCCCGGAAAAUCAGAAUUCAGAUCGAAUGGUCACAGUUGGUCGCUGGGUAAAGGGAAUGAGUGCAGAUUAUGAAGAAAUUUUGGAUGCACCUAAACUGCAAAAACCCAAAACAAAAAUACCUAAAGUUGUUAAUUUUUGAUAACAACUAGCACUACCAUUAGUUACCACCUCAUUUUUACUUUCUAAACAGACCCAUUUCACAAGUUAGAGUCGGGCUCCCUUGUGGCCAGGACUGCACUGUAGAUAGCAGUAUGAUCUAACUGUGAUCAAAAACCAUUUUUUUUAUUCUGUGCAUCAAAUAGUACUUCUACCACUGUUUGGAGAAAACUAAGAAGAGAAUAAGAUGGUUAAAUGGAUUCUCUUAAAGAAUACAUUUUAAGGGACAGAACUUAGGCAUAACUAAGUGGAUGUAUACCUAAUUGUAGCAAUCAUCUUUUAUAAAAGCAAAAUUAUGCAUGAAUGUGAAACACCCCUAAACAAAGGAUACAAAUGAACUUUUGGUGAUACUGUUUUCUUGGCUCAAAGUAUCAAUGUAUUAUUAUAACAGAAAUGUACAAGUUGCUAGAAAGUCUGUCUUUUUAAAAUAUGGAAUAAAAAUGUGUUUUCUAUUA